AUGAAGAACAAACACGACCAACAGGUGAAGACAGACGCUCCGAUCCGACUCGACAUGUCGAGCUUCGAGGUGACUCUGCAGCAGCUCAACGACCUGCUGACGGACGACAGCGGCUUCUACAGCUGGCCCACAAAACACUUCCACGAGGUCUGCCCGAGGAUCUACGUCGGCAAUGCGUUUGUGGCGAUGAACGUGAUGCGUCUCAAGCGGCAGGGCAUCACCCACGUCCUGAACGCCGCGGAGGGAAACUCCUUCAUGCACGUCAACACCGAUGUCGACUUCUAUGCCGGCACGGGCAUCAUCUACCACGGCAUACCAGCCAGCGACACGGACCACUUCGACAUCAGCGUGUACUUUGAGGAGGCGGCGGACUUCAUCGAGAAGGCGCUGGCGUUCAAAAAUGGAAAAGGUAAAGUGUACGUUCACUGCAGGGAGGGCUACAGCCGAUCGCCUACGUUAGUCAUAGCCUACCUGAUGCUUCGCCAAAACAUGGACGUCCACGCCGCUCUGGCCAUGGUGCGUCAGAAAAGAGAGAUCGGACCCAACGACGGCUUUCUCAGGCAGCUCUGUCGGCUGAACCAGAGGCUGGACGCCGAGGGAAGGAUCUGGAACAAAUGA